ACUGGCGAAGUAAUGAGCAGGAAGGCGAAGCUGGAUGCCCCACUGGCCCACUGUUGUACGCAGUACGCUUGACCAGGCCGGAUGACGCGUCCAAGUUAAGUGAAAAUAUCCAAUCUGUCACUGAGUUAAUCUCUCGCCAUAUAAAACGCCGUCCUGGCGUCCAAGUAAACUGACAAUUCCUCUUGAAAUCUCGUUCCUACUAGAGAAACUGAGCAAGCAAACGACCAGUCGGCGAGGAGCCGCCUAGCCGAUCGAGGGUCAAGGAGGGGCUAGCGAGACGAGAGCAAGCGGGUGCCGAUGGCGGCGGCGGAGUGGUGGUGCUGGCCGCUGCCUUCGUGGCUGGGCUCCGGCGCGGCGUGGUUCGUGUUCCUGAACGUCGUCGUGGGGGCCAUCUUCGCCCUGUCGUCGCGGGCGCAGCCGCCGUCGACACGCGGCGGGAUCACGCGCAGGGCCUCGUCGGCGGUGCUGCAGCGGAUCCGGUCCUUCUCGCUCUUCUCCUUCCCGUCCUCGCCCUUCACCACGGCGGCCGCCACCGCGCUCCGGGAAACAGAUCAGGAGGCGAGGGGGUCGGCGCCGUCCACGCCGCGCUCACCACCGGCCGCGGCGGAGCCAUCACCGGAGAAAGAGGAGGACGAGGGCGUGGAAGACGCGAACUCGAUGAGCAUGGAGGAGGCGUACGCGCUGGUCCUGGCGGGACGGCAGCAGCCGCCGCCGACGGAGGACGAGGCGGCCAGGGCCAGGUCCGACGUGGACGCCAAGGCGGAAGAGUUCAUCCGGGGGUUCAAGGAGGACCUGAGGCAGCAGCGCCUCCACUCCAUCUUCAACUACACCCAGAUGCUCAGGCAACGCGUAGCCGGUGCCCGUCGGCCGCCGGUAGCCGCGCCAGAUACCAAUAAUUGAUUUGAUUCCGAUUGUCCCCAUUCCUGUUCCGCGAUUGACUCAUGUGAAUUGUGAUCAGGACCCUGAUUGUGAUCGUUGAAAGCUCAGAUCGUACCGGAAACGAACUCAGGCUUGAGUUUUUGUCAUGCACGUCGCCGUGGGCUCCUCACCGCUGCCGGUGGCCCGGUCUAGCUUUGAUUCAAUCACGUGUUCAUUGCUUCAUCUAUUUGUUUGAAGGGAGACCAAUUCAGUUUUGAGUUGCUCUCGUCUCGUGUAUAUAUAUGCAUUUUGGUGGUCCGAUUUCAAGAUGUUUGCGUUGUUUGAGCAGAUUGCUUGUAGAGUCUCUAGUGGUUUUCAUUUUCUUGGCUUGCUUUUAUGCAUUUGAUGCAGUAUUCUUCUGCUGUAAGAACAUUCAUUCAUUUGUAACUUGAGAGCUAGCUAGUCAAUAAUAAAAUACUACUAGUAGUAUCAACAUUGUAACUUGA